CAAAGGCUGCGCUGACUCUCAAAAGUCUGCGCUUUGCAAACGCAGCCAUUGUCUCCGGUAGAGACGGGUUUGAGAGAUUGCAGUACUGGUGAUCUAAGGAUUUAUUAUGUCGUGCACAAAACAAUUGCACCUGCCUGUGUGACAUGACAUAACUUGAAUAAUUGUGUGUGUCGAGGAUGCUGCGUCUGCGUUGCAAGGCCAAGAAUGGGACUCACCUCAUGCAGGGGCUGACCAGCCUGUCCUGUGUCCAGGAGCUGAAGGACAAGGUGGCUGAGCUGACAGGAAUCCCCUGCGAGGUGCAGAAGAUCAUGGCCGGCUACCCCCCAUCAAGCCUGGACCUCAGCAAUGGCGACGUCCAUCUGCAGGACUUCCCCAUCAAGUCAGGAGACACUUUGAUUGUAGAAGAAGAGAAGAAUAAACCAAAGCCCCAGCCUCCUCUAGGAGUUUCGAAGUCCAAUGCCACCCCCAGCCUGCCGAAGGAUUCCUCUCCUGUGCUAGCAAGGCGUGUGGUCCCCGCGGACAACUCCUGCCUCUUCACCAGCGUGUUCUUCGUGGUGGAAGGGGGCGUCUACGACCCCUCCUGUGCCCCAGAGAUGCGGGGCCUGAUUGCACAGAUCGUGGCUAGCGAUCCCAGCUCUUACUCGGAGGCAGUGCUGGGGAAAUCCAACCAGGAGUACUGCGACUGGAUCAGGAGGGAUGACACCUGGGGGGGCGCCAUCGAGGUGUCCAUCCUGUCCAAGUUCUACCAGUGUGAGAUCUGCGUGGUGGACACCCAGACGGUCAGGGUGGACCGCUUUGGGGAGGAUGGAGGCUUCUCCAAGAGGGUCUUGUUGAUUUACAAUGGGAUCCACUACGACCCCCUUCAAAGGGUGGUGCCCGGUUCGGACGCACCAGCCCAGACCAUCUUCUCCACCAGCGACGAUGUCAUCCUGGCGCAGGCUUUGGAACUGGCCGACGAGGCGAGGAGGAUGCGGCAGUUUACAGAUGUCAACCGCUUCUCCCUGCACUGCAUGGUGUGCCAGAAAGGCUUGGUGGGACAGGCAGAGGCCCGCGAUCACGCAAAGGAGACCGGGCACGCUAACUUUGGAGAAGUGUGACCCUCCCUGUCCAGGAGGCCCCUUCCUCUACCUCACAGUCCCAGCAGUACUCUGGGGUUAUAAUUAAGCUAAACAAAGAUAUUAGUCAGUGUUAAGGAAACUAAAUCCACCAUGGUUACAAAGCCAGGACAGCCUCUUUAAAAUAUAUUAUUACUGUUUUUAUUAUUGAUUGUUAUUACAGUAUUGGCUGGUUUCAAAGACCACAAUUAGCAUGAAUUAUGGUUUUUUAAGGUUGUAUGUUGUUGGUGCUAGUCAAGGUCUUUGAAACCAGACAUAUUGUGUUUUAAACCAUGUUAGGAAUUUAUCACAAAAACAAUGUACCUCUGCUUAGUCACUGACACUUUGAUAACACUAUGUAACACAAUUUUUGUUCCUGGGUAGUAAGUGUUAUUUCCUAAUUGCUU